AACGACACAAAAACCCAUUCGAUUGACGCCGAGAAACCGACGGCACCCGGCCAGAGCACAAUCCCCGUUUCUUCCCUUCAUUUCUGGUUCACGCUUCUCUCUUUCUGUAUGUUUCCCGGGAAAGCAAAUCCAUUUCCGAGAAAGUGAAGCAAGCCGACGACGACGACGACAUUGCACUCUUCCGAGUAAAGAUCCAAAACUCAGUAGAUCGCACAUGGUUAGAUCGUGAUUGCGACUGUCCCCGCGAGUAAAUCAAUUGCCCCGUCCUUCCUUGCCAAUCAUCUUCUUUAUAAAAGAGACGGAGGCUAACACGAGGGAGGAGAGCUGGAUCCGUCUCAGGAACCAGCGCAGUCCUUGAAGGCACCAGCCGCCGCCGCAGCCGCUGCCACUGCCACUGCCACUAGCAGUAACGGUCAGAUCCGCUACCGCUCGCCUUCCUCCGCCGAGCUACUGGAGAUCGGAGCCACUUCCCCGACUCAUUCCGACCAUCCCUCCUCCGACAAGAUGAACAAGCGCAACGCCCUCCGCCACGAGAAUUUCUCCGAUAAGAUCCACCGGCAUCGGAGCGUUCUCUUAGUGAUCUCCAUCCCUCUGCUUCUGAUCGGAUUCGUCUUGUUCGUCAUGCCCGGCCGGGAGGAGUACGAGAUCACUAACCGUAAAUUGUCCCCCAAUUUGAAGAACUCUAGGAACUACGCUGUUAUAUUUGAUGCCGGUAGUUCCGGGAGUCGAGUUCAUGUCUUCUGCUUCGAUCCCCGUAUGGAUCUCAUUCCAAUCGGCGGAGAGCUAGAGCUUUUCGUCCAGCUUAAGCCUGGUCUGAGCUACUAUGCCAAGGACCCACGAGCGGCAGCGGAGUCCCUAACUUCUCUUCUCGAUAAGGCAGAAGCUGCUGUGCCCAAGGAAUUGCGAUCCAAGACCCCAGUUAGAGUCGGGGCGACUGCAGGCUUGAGGGCAUUAGAAGGUGAUGCAUCUGACCGAAUUUUGCAAGCGGUUAGGGAUCUUCUGAAAGAUCGAAGCUCCUUGAAAUCUGAUGCAGAUUCAGUCACUGUCUUGGAUGGGUCUCAAGAAGGUUCUUAUCAGUGGGUCACAAUUAAUUAUCUCUCAGGAAAGUUGGGGAGGUCUUAUGCCAGUACAGUUGGCGUAGUUGAUCUUGGUGGUGGAUCUGUUCAAAUGGCAUAUGCCAUAUCUGAGGCUGAUGCAGCAAAAGCUCCAAGGGUGAAAGAUGGAGAAGAUACCUAUGUACACAAAAUGCUUCUGAAGGGAACAACAUAUUACCUCUAUGUUCACAGCUAUUUGCACUAUGGACUAUUAGCUGCUAGAGCAGAGAUUUUAAAGGUUUCUGAUGGCUCUUCCAAUCCAUGUGUUUUGGGUGGUUAUGAUGGUUCAUACUCGUACGGAGGAGAGAACUUCAAGGCUUCCUCAUCUCCUAGCGGUUCUAACUUGGAAGAGUGCAGAAGGGUAGCCACGAGGGCACUGAAAAUUAAUGAGACGACAUGUGUGCACAUGAAGUGCACCUUUGGUGGAAUAUGGAAUGGUGGUGGGGGGGAUGGCCAAAAGAACCUAUUCGUUGCUUCAUUCUUCUUUGACAGGGCUGCUGAGGCAGGUUUCAUUAAUCCCAAAAUACCUGUUGCCAAGGUUCGUCCAUCGGAUUUCGAGGAAGCAGCUAAGCGCGCUUGCGAAUCUAAGCUUGAUACUGCCAAAGCUACUUACCCUGGUGUCGAAGAGGGUAACCUGCCAUAUCUCUGCAUGGAUCUUGUCUACCAGUACACAUUGCUUGUUGAUGGAUUUGGUCUGAGCCCCUGGCAAGACAUCACGCUGGUGAAGCAGGUUAAAUACCGAGAUUCGUAUGUUGAAGCGGCUUGGCCAUUAGGUAGCGCCAUUGAGGCUGUCUCAGCGUUAUGAUUUUGAUUCAGAUACGGGGAAAGAAGAGGUAGAGAAGUGCUACAUUUUGAUUAUUGUUUGGCUUGUGCCUAUGGCAUAAUUCAUUAGACGCCGAGCUCCCAUUUUUUUUACUAUUACAUAUUGUUGUUCCUGUUAUCUUCAUUCUGUAACUAGGUUGGUGAACAUCGUGAUUUGUUAUACCAUUUAUCUGAAUUUUGAUUCAAUUCAAUUGACCUCGUCUUCUGUUUUA